AUGUUUGAAAAUGGCAUGGAAGAGUGUAGAGCUAAUCGAGUUGAAAUUACAGACAUGGAACCAGAUACUGUGGCUGAAGUUCAACGUUACAUAUAUACUGGACAAGUUGUCAGUAUGGAUCGGUUGGCGCACGAAUUAUUAACAGCUUCUGACAAAUAUCAGUUAGUACGGCUGAAGACAAUGUGUGAAGAAGCACUUGUAGAAAGUCUUUCAGUCGAGAAUGCUUGUGAUAUAUUUGCACUUGCUGAUAUGCACAAUGCCGAACAGUUGAAAGCUCAUACACUUGGGUUUAUAAUGCUACAUGCUCAUGAUGUCUAUAAAACUGAAGGCUAUGAACAACUGGUACGACAUCGUCCACGUCUGUUGAAUGAGUGCUUUUGUAGUCUUGCCUCACAACAACUCCCUUUAAGAUGUUGGGCACGUAAACGUCCUAGACAAUCUUAA